GCCUUCAAGCAGCGCCGCGACUACCUCGCAUUGCAAGUGGAGGACACCUUGGCGGAUCAGUCCGUGAAGAUGUCUGACGAAUUGCGCCAGGCCCUGCAGCAGUUCUUGGUGAUGCGCAUCUACCAUCAGAUCAUGGAGAAGCUCGUGCCGUUGCUGGAGAAGGAGAAGGGCACGCAUCCAAAAAUCCACAACCUCUACGACUUGGAAGACAUGUUCGGCCGCAGCAGCUUCUGGAUCGUUGGCGGAGACGGCUGGGCCUACGACAUCGGCUACGGUGGCUUGGACCACGUGAUUGCCAGCGAGGAGCACGUGAACAUCCUCGUCCUUGACACGGAGAUGUACAGCAACACGGGCGGUCAGGCGUCCAAGGCAACACCCAAGGGAGCGAUGGCCAAGUUUGCCGAGGGUGGCAAGCUCACACAAAAGAAGGACUUGGGUCAGAUGGCCAUGACGUACAAGAACGUUUACGUCGCGAGCAUCUGCGUGCAUGUGAACCCUCAGCAA